UCACUGCCCUUCCCCCCUCUGCAGUAUAAACUGUAAUGAAAGUGAAAGUCAGCAGCUCCAUUUUGUGACGAGUGAAAACUAAAAGAUUUCAGGAGUAAAAACACAGUGAGUAUCUAAAGCUCUAAUAUAUAAACACACUGAAGUGACACUAGAUGCAGAAGAGUUUUGUGGGUUUGUACUGAAGCUUUAAUGUACACAGGUUGUUUUAUAACUUGAUAGCGUGACUAUUUCCUGUAAGUGAACUCUGUGCUGAUUCAGGGUUUAAUUUAACACACCGAUGUUGGAGUGAAGUAAACGUGUGUCCUGCUGUAAUCUGGAGAAGGAGACAUGACCUCCAACAUGAGUGUGUCUGGAAAACAGGACUUAAAGAAAGACGAGAGAAUGAUGGAGGGAAAGAGAUCAGACUCACCAGAACCCAGCUGUGUGUCCAUGAAGAGUGACGCGUCAAUGGAACUUCCAAUUACCUUCAGAGACAGAGACAGUUCUACUGAUGUGAGACCACAAAAAUCAAACAUCAGCACAAAUCAGCUGGACUCUAUAUUCAAGGAGCUGGAACACAAAGUCAUCACUCUGAUAAAGAAUGAGCUGAAGAGGUUUAGGAAGCUCCUGAGUCCAGAUUACCCAGCAUGCACUGAGAGGGAGGUGGAGGAUGAGGAGGAUCUGCACAGUGUCACAGAGGGAGCGCUGAAGAUCACACUGCACGUCCUGAAGAACAUGAACCACACAGAUCUCGCUAACACACUGCACAACAAACUCGUCUCUGUGUAUCAGACAAAGUUGAAGUCCAAGCUGAGAGAGAAGUUUAAAAGAAUUAAUGAAGGAAUCUCACAGCAUGGAAGCUCAGCACUUCUGAAUGAGAUCUACACUGAGCUCUACAUCACAGAGGGUUGGAGUGGAGACGUCAAUAAUGAACAUGAGGUGAGACAGAUUGAGGCAGCGUCCAGGAGACCAGCAACACAGGAGAAACCCAUCAAAUGUAAUGAGAUCUUUAAAGACAAGUCCAUCAGAACUGUGCUGACUAAAGGAGUUGCUGGAAUUGGAAAAACAGUCUCUGUGCAGAAGUUCAUUCUGGACUGGGCUGAAGGAGAAGUAAAUCAGGACGUCACCUUCAUGUUUCCACUUCCCUUUAGAGAGCUGAAUCUGAUGAAGCAGCAAAAUCUCAGUCUGAUGAAUCUUCUUCAUCACUUUUUCCCAGAAAUAAGAAAACUAGAAUCAAUAGACUGUGACUCCUACAAAGUGGUGUUGAUCUUUGAUGGUCUGGAUGAGUGUCGACUUCCUCUAAAUUUCCAGAAGAAUGAGAUAUUGUGUGAUGUGACAGAGUCAGUCUCAGUGGAUGUGCUGCUGACGAACCUCAUCAAGGGGAAUCUGCUUCCCUCUGCUCUCCUCUGGAUAACCACAAGACCAGGAGCAGCCAAUCAGAUCCCUCCUGAGUGUGUAGACCAGGUAACAGAGGUACGAGGCUUCAGUGAUCCUCAGAAAGAGGAGUACUUCAGGAAGAGGAUCAGUGAUCAGAGCCUGGCCGAUAACAUCAUCACACACCUGAAGUCUUCAAGAAGCCUCUACAUCAUGUGCCACAUCCCAGUCUUCUGCUGGAUCUCAGCCACUGUUCUAGAGAGAAUGUUGGGUGAAGCAGAGGGUGGAGAGAUCCCUAAGACUCUGACUCAAAUGUUCACACACUUCCUGAUCUUUCAGGUCAAACACAGGGACCAAAAGUACCAUCAGAAAUGUGACCCUGAUCCUCAGCAGACCAGAGAGAGUAUCAUGGCACUGGGAAAACUGGCUUUCCACCAGCUGGAGAAAGGAAACCUGAUCUUCUAUGAGGAAGACCUGAGAGAGUGUGGCAUUGAUGUCAGAGAAGUGUCAGUGUACUCAGGAGUGUGUACCCAGAUCUUCAGAGAGGAGUUUGGGCUUCACCUGGGGAAGGUGUUCAGCUUCGUACAUCUGAGUGUUCAGGAGUUUCUGGCUGCUUUAUACACAUUUCUCUCCUUCAGCAGAAAUGUAACAGAACAUCAAACCUCUGAUCUGUCUGAUCUUUUCAGGAAGUCAAACAUGUCUGAUCUCCUCAGGAGUGCAGUGGACAAGGCCUUACAGAGUGAGAAUGGACACCUGGACCUGUUCCUCCGCUUCCUUCUGGGUCUCUCACUGGAGACCAAUCAAACACUUUUACGAGACUUAAUGCCACAGACAGGAAGCAGAUCUCACAGCAAACAGGAAACAGUGGAGUACAUCAAGGAGAAGAUCAGGGAGAAUCCAUCUCCAGAGAAAUCCAUCAAUCUGUUCCACUGUCUGAAUGAACUGAAUGAUCAUUCUCUAGAGAAGGAAGUACAAACUUACCUGAAAAGAAAAGAUUACAAUCGUUUCAUUAGAACCAGACUCUCUCCUGCUCAGUGGUCAGCUCUGGUGUUUGUGUUACUGACCUCAGAACAGAAGCUGGAUGUGUUUAAUUUGAGUGAAUAUGAUCCAUCACAUGAAUGUCUUCUGAGGCUGCUGCCAGUGGUCAAAGCCUCCAGAAAAGCUGAUCUGCGUGUGUGUAAUCUGACAGAGAAAAGCUGUAGAGUUCUGUCCUCAGUUCUCAGCUCAAACUCCUCCAGUCUGAGAGAACUGGACCUGAGUCACAAUAAACUGCAGGAUUCAGGAGUGAAGCUGCUCUCUGAUGGACUGAAGAAUCCACACUGUACACUGGAGAUACUGAGGAUGUGGGACUGCAGUAUUACAGAUAAAGGUUGUGCUGCUCUGGCUUCAGCUCUGAGGUCAAACUCCUCAUCACACCUGAGAGAACUGGAUCUGUUCUAUAAUAAUCCAGGAGAAUCAGGAGUGAAGCUGCUCUCUGAUCUACUGAAGGAUCCACACUGUAAACUGGAGACACUGAUUCUGUGUGAGUGUAAUCUGACAGAGGAAAGCUGUAGAGUUCUGUCCUCAGUUCUCAGCUCAAACUCCUCCAGUCUGAGAGAACUGGACCUGAGUGGCAAUAAACUGCAGGAUUCAGGAGUGAAGCUGCUCUCUGAUGGACUGAAGAAUCCACACUGUACACUGGAGAUACUGAGUCUGUGUGAGUGUAAUCUGACAGAGGAAAGCUGUAGAGUUCUGUCCUCAGUUCUCAGCUCAAACUCCUCCAGUCUGAGAGAACUGAACCUGAGUAACAAUAAACUGCAGGAUUCAGGAGUGAAGCUGCUCUCUGAUGGACUGAAGAAUCCACACUGUACACUGGUGAAACUGAGUCUGUGUCGGAGUAAUCUGACAGAGAAAAGCUGUAGAGUUCUGUCCUCAGUUCUCAGCUCAAACUCCACCAGUCUGAGAGAACUGGACCUGAGUGACAAUAAACUGCAGGAGUCAGGAGUGAAGCUGCUCUCUGAUGGACUGAAGAAUCCACACUGUACACUGGAGAAACUGAGGAUGUGGGACUGCAGUAUUACAGAUAAAGGUUGUGCUGCUCUGGCUUCAGCUCUGAGGUCAAACUCCUCAUCACACCUGAGAGAACUGGAUCUGAACGCUAAUAAUCCAGGAGAAUCAGGAGUGAAGCUGCUCUCUGAUCUACUGAAGGAUCCACACUGUAAACUGGAGACACUGAUCAUUAAGGGUAAUAUACUCACCAGGUCUGGUGUAUGACAGGAGUCUCUCCUCAGACCUUUUUUCCAGGAUAAAUCAGUUAUGGAGGUGAAGCGUUAGAACACGUCCCACAUUUCCAGCAGUUUGGGAGCUGAAUCAUUCAUAUUCAGAUGUAGAAGAUCCAUAACAAUAACUGUGACUGAUCACAUCCUUUUAUCCUCUCAGCUACAACUUCACACUUUAACAUCUUUUACAAUCCAAAGUCAAAUCCUUCAGCAUCUACACACAACACAGAGAUAUCAUCACAUCAUCACACUGAUUACACAAAUACACAUCCAUGUGUUACAGAUGUUUAGAGAUUAUUUUUACCUCUUAUAAAAUUUAAUGCGGCCUAGGGCUUUCGAGCCACAUGCACCAAAUUCGGAUAUGUUUUAGUCCCUGGUCUGAAGUUUGUUGCUAUUACUUUUCUAAGCGAUCCGAGUACCGGUACUUCCGGUACCGGGUCUCAAAUUGGCCUUUUUUCCAUAGACUCCCAUUAUAAACUUUGGACGUUUAUAACUCGGCACACUUUUGAACUAUCUACACCAAACUCGACCAGCUCCUUUAGGGUGAUACUCUGAACAAAGUUUUAAAUUGGUGUACCGACUGGCCUUUCGGUUGUGCCGCAGCCCCGCCCCCAAAAUAUGCAAAAUCAAAAAACUUUUUAGAACAUGGACAUGUGACAUAUCAAAACACUCA